GAAAAGCAUGGUACCAUGGAAGCCACAUUAAGUUUUUUCAAAUUCUUUUUUUUUUUUCACCCAACAAAGUAACCGAAGCACAAAAGAAAAAGCAACCAAAAGAAAGAAAGGAAGAAUGAAAUUAUCUCUUGUUUGAUUUUAUUGAUGUUAAUCAAAGAAGAAUAAACAAAUUACAACACCACAAACUCAACUUUCAACUCUCUCUCUCUCUCUCUGUUUUCAAGACACGAAGAAAUCGUUGAUACUGAUGGCAGAGGGGGUUUCAGGAGAAACGCAAAUGUCGAUAGCGGCGUCUUCAAUGUUUCCGGGGUUCAGGUUUUCACCAACUGACGUUGAGUUGAUUUCUUUUUACUUGAAGAAGAAGAUGGAAGGCUCUGAGAAUUGCGUGGAGGUCAUUUCUGAGAUUGAGAUUUGUAAACACGAGCCUUGGGACUUACCAGAAAAAUCCAUCAUCAAAUCUGACAAUGAGUGGUUCUUCUUCUGCUCUCGUGGAAGAAAAUACCCAAAUGGCUCACAAAGUAAGAGGGCAACUGAACUGGGCUAUUGGAAAGCCACUGGAAAAGAACGUAAUGUAAAGUCAGGUAAUACUGUGAUUGGUACAAAAAGGACUCUCGUGUUUCAUGUAGGUCGUGCACCAAAAGGAGAAAGGACUGAAUGGAUUAUGCACGAGUAUUGCAUGGAAGGGAGAUCCCAGGAUUCUCUGGUAGUUUGCCGUCUUAGAAAGAAUUGUGAUUUUCGUCUGAAUAAUACUCCAAACCAAGCUUCUGGGAGUAGAAGAAUGCCUCACAAUUACUGUACUAUGUCAGAAGGAGGUACCGAUGUGACAGGCAUGUCUGAAGGGGACAAGGCUGUUGAAUCUUGUUCAAAGAAAUGUAGUAGCAGUCAUGAUUCUUAUUCUAUAGAGCAAACUGAUUCAGCAAAUGAAGCGGAGCAGAAACUUUUGAAUGAUGUUAAUCUGACAGCAUCUUCCAGCCACCAAAAGGAUAUUGAUGAUAAUGAAGAAUAUUUUGCUGAGAUACUGAAAGAUGAUAUAAUCAAGCUAGAUGAAACUUCCUUUUCGACCACACUUAACCUUCCACCAAUGAUUGGUAAUAAUAUGGAAGCAGAGAGAAACACUCAACAGCCCGUGGAAGCAGUUUCACUUCCGGCAGUUCCUUUCCAAGGAACAGCAAUCCAAUUUCAGGCAGAAGAUCCAUCUCCGGGAUAUCCUUUCCAGGGCACAGCAAACCGAAGAAUCAAAUUGAGGAAACAAAAGCCAAAGCUUUCUAGUUUUGGUCAGUACUUGGAAGAGAAAACUAAAUCUCAAAAUACGGAUCAGUCUCAUACAUGUUUUCUCACUACAUUUUCAAGCAUGACCAGUCAUCAGCGGCUUGUCUCUGUAGUUUUCUGUAUUCUGACUUUGCUGGCUCUAGUUCUGUUUCUAUUUAUGGGUUUCGGCCGCGCAAAAACAUCACACAUGCUACUUUAAGUUAGAUGUCUGGGACUGAAUGUAAAUUAUCGAAUCAUUAUGGUAUUUCUAAGCCUGGUGUAAAUUGAAAGUUGAAGAUUUAAUUGGCAAGUAAGGCUUUUUUAUGGAGUUUUGGCAUGAGAAAGUCAUAUUGAUUUCUCAAAAGAUUUCAACUACAUGGCCAAUUUUAUGGGUAUCAUAACUUUGAUAUCACAAAAGUACCAGUAUAAGUUAUAUGAUUAUGCAAAUUUGUUCGAAGUA